AUAAUAAUAAUAAUAAUAUGUUCUAUCCCCCAGAUUACUGCCCGAUUCUGUCACAUUGAGGGUCCUUCCGCUGUUAACAAGGCGACGCCAGUCGUUUUGAGGGGUCCAAAUUGUUUGCCUGAUAACAAAAGCUAAACGAAAAUCAUUACUUUAAAACAAAAACUGAUUUUCACACAUCGUUCUUCAUAUAAUUAUUAUAAAUUUUUUAAGCAUUUACAUAGAAAAUCAGACGUGAUAAUAUGUGUGUGUGCAAUAUUUUUGAUUAAUCCACCGUUCAGGCACGACUGCUUAAAGCGCGGCAACGAGCGGCUCGGUUUGAAAACAAAACGGCAGUUCAGGAAAUUGCAGCUCAACUGGACAAAGAUGUUACAGAACGAUGCAUUGCAUUACGUUGACCUGGAGAACACCGGGGAGGCUCUUAUCGUGCUCAUCGAGAGCAGUAAAGCUGAAGACGCCCUGAGGGUGGCACGGAAGAAACAGCAGGCACUUUUUGACCACCACACAGAGGCUAAGAAAACAGUUACUGAGCUUUUAAACAGCUUGGUGCACUCUGAGGAAGUUGUUGGACAGAAACUUUUGGAUCUGGAGGGUCAGAAGAGCCAGAUGAUGCGGGAACUGGAGAAAGUGGAGCAGGAGGUGCAGCAGAGCCUGGCCAAAAGCCACACCUUGGACUCAGAGCUACAAUUCCUACAGAGAGAGCUGGAGAGACUCAAAGACAGUGAGAAGGAAAUUCAGGCUCUGCAGCAGGAAGUAGAUGAAGACACAACUGAAGUAAUUCCCUCAGCCAUAUAUUUAGCACAACUCUACUGCAAGGUUACCAGAAUUCGACUCGAGUUGGGUACAGAGCCUCACAUUUUACGUGGAGUUCACUAUGGUCGAGAUCUAGCAACUCCCAUCAACAUAGACACAUUGAGCUGCUCCCCCUGUGAGGUCAGUGAUGAGCUCUGGAGCCUCGUCAGCACAGACUGGUAGAAUUCUGUUGGGCCAUGUUGGAUUUCAUCUUAAUCUUCCCUUAUCAUUUUUUUUUUUUUGUAUCUUUUUAUGUUUUUAUAAAUAAUAAAUAAAUAAGUCCUACAGAAUGAACUGAAAUCUAGUGUACUACAUACUUACUAAGUAUGCAAAGCAUAUGUAACUUUAUAUACAUAAUGUACCAGUUCCACAUUCACUUGUGUGCAUUUUGGGAAAGGAAAUGUCAUCUCUCAAACAGGAACUCUACAUUUUAUUUUCAUAUAUUUUACACCGUUUUAAAAUGACAAGUUCAUUAUAUGAUUUUGUUUUAUUGUGACAACAUAACUCUUGUUAGUGCAUAUUUUAGUUGUUCCUUCUAAUUUUUGGAAUUGUUGAAUAUUUGAAAGUCAGGAGAGUUGCAGAUUGUAAAUGUCAACUUCUGUAUGACGUUAUAGGAAGAUGAGCAAUGACGGGUUGGUGUUAUGCAUUACCACUGACACUAAAGUUAAUUAUUUUCCUAUAACAGCAUGUCACAAAGUGUUUUAUUCUUCUGAAUGCAACAGCGAUUUACCAGCUAUACAUUUUUAUUAUUAAAGAAUGACACAUCAUAGUUUUAAUGUUGUUUAAUGCCUACGAGACAAGUUAAUUCCUGUGUUCAUUUACGUUAUAACAGAUAUAAAUGGGAUUUUUAAGCUGGACAAAUAACAGUCCAUCAACUUUAAAUCUCCAUUCAGCAGCAGCCAUGUGGUCAGAAAGUAACCACUGAGAAAGGGCAAGUGGAUGAUUAACACUCUGUGAAUGGAAAAACUAAGCUAAACCUACAAGGUGUUCAACAAGUGUGACUUGUAUAACAAAAUGCCCAGUAAGUGUGUCGUUUUAAAAUUCACUUCAUGUUACAUCACUGUACCUGACUAAUGCAUGAAGCUUACUGCAGUGUCUGAAAUGUCAGGAUGCAAUGGGAGUAUGUUGAACAAAUAUGUCAAUUAGAAUAUGUUGAGCAAAAUCUGCGAAAAAACAUUACACGGUGGCUGAAAAAAUACAUAGCACGUAAGGGUGAAUGUUUAAAGCGUAUGUUGUAAUUAAUCAAAACAUUGUUCAUCAGUUCCUGACAUUUCGACACCCUGUAGUAUCUUGCUGUGUGUGUCCCCUCUGUCAUCUGAAUACGUAAGUAGUGUUACUUAGAAGGCAGUUCCUGGUGUUGAGUUACAUUGAACGAGUGUAACAGAAUAUUGUGAAUAUUUGCACUGCAUGUUUUUGUUUGCUGUGCCUCACCUGAGACAGGUGUGUUUAAUACUUGGAUUGAGAACCAGUUGGGGAGAAGUUCAUUGUGUGUAGUCCUCUUUCUUGUACAUCAGAAGAGGACUGCUCCCUUAAAUGGAAUUUUCUCUGGUGCAGAUUUUCAGCUCUUAAGAUUUAAACAGACAUACUUAUUUGCUCCUUUUAUUCAAUUAAAUGUUCUCAGAAGAAUCUGUUUCUGGAUAAAUACAGAUAUUUGCUGUAUUUGUGUGAAAGGUUAUCAGAGUAGAAAAUUUCUCACGGUCGAAAAUCAUUUUAAUUGCGUGACUAUUUGAUGUUUGUUUGUUGCUUACUGUCACUUAACAAAUGACUCAUGGUGUAUGUAUGUGCAGUUUCUGUGGUGAGGUGGGUGGGCAAAUGUGUGUUGAAGUGUUGAGCAUUUACGCUUCGGGCAGAUUCUACCCUGGCACGAGUCUGUGACCCUGUUUCAAAAUUUCCUGCCAAGGCAGUGGCAGACUUGGCACACGUCUUGCAUUGAGGUUAGACCACACUGACACUAGUGCAGCUUAGUGACAUUCCGGAUAAUGCAAUGGCAUACAAGGUCAAGUUCACACAAAGUCGCUUAAUAACAUUAAAAAACAAAACAAAACAGGAAAUAAUUGUAAAACUGCGAAGUUAUCUGAAUUCUGUUAAAUUCUUUAAUAUGUACUUAAUUUUAACAUACACUACCUGACACAAGUUUAGACACACUUAUUCUUUAUUUUUAUUUUUUUUCUCCACAUUUUAUAAUAUUAAUAAAGUCAUCAAAACUCUGGAAUAACCCAAAUGAAACUAUGGGAAUUAUGUUGUGAUAAAAAAAAAAUUAAAAAUCCACAAUAAAUCAAAAUAAUUUAGUAUUUUAGCAUCUUCAAAGUACACACCCUUUUUGCUUAGAAUUUCCAGAAAUGUAUUGUGGGCGUUUUCUAAACCGAUUUCUUGAGGAAUCGCCCUGAGAUGCUUUUUAAAUAGUAAUAAUGCUGGACACUUAUUGGCUGUUUUUUGGAAUAUUUCGCUCUGAGUUGUCCGUUUUUAAAAAAUUUUUUUUUUUUUUUUGUAAAUAAAAUGUUAGCUUUCUAACAAAAGAAAUGAAUAUGUUGGCACAAUUAUAUUUUUGUCUACAACACCGAUUUCAAUCAUUCAAUCAUUCAAACCUUCAAAUAAAAAGGUUUUUAAGAUCAUGAGAAACAUUUCUCCAAACUUUGACCGGUAGUAUACUUCCAAAUGUUAAGGAAAAAUCUGACCAUUUCAUUUUAAUUAAAGUCUUAAGGGGGAAAAGUGCAAAGUUUAAAAGUGCAAAGUUAACAGGCUUAUGCGUGAUAUUUAAAUAUUUUUAUAUUAUUUGCUUUAUUGUCAUCAUGCAUUUUAUAUAUCAGUAUAUUAAAAAUAUUAAAGAAAAUUUUCUGACCACCUAUUUUUUUCGUGAUGAAUAACAGUGACUAAAGGCCAGUUAAUCAACGAUGAACUGGAUUAUAUAUAAACAAAACAAGAAUGGUGCUACGCUGAUGUUAUCUCAUUUUCGCUAAGUCACGAGACCCAUGCUUCACUGUUCAUUUGUGACCAAACAAUGCAAAAAAAAGCCUCAAGUGUCGCUACAUCUUCCUGUAGAUCAUGUGAUACAGCAGAACAGCUGGUUUGCCGUCUGGCGCAUGAGGCCAAUGUAAGCCACCUUUGCCACAGGGGGAAAAGUGGAUAGAAAAGGAACACAGGGCCAAAAGAUUUCAUAUGAAGACUUUCUUUAUUAUAAAGGUACAUAUAUACAUUUGUGU